AUGUCCAUGUUUAAAUCCUCUGCAUUGACCAGAUCACUCAAACAUUGCGGCAGAAGGAUUCUCCCUGGACUCAAAAAUAGCGAAAACAUUGUUUACGCACGCACACGAAGAGGGAGGGAGGUUGGUUGUUCCAUCCCCUCCGAAGUCAAGUCAAAAUCCCGCCUAUUAAGGUUACAUAAACUUUCCCGGCUGCCCCGUUCCCAACUUCCCCCACCACCAACACUUUUCUCGACACAUUUUCCCCUCAACAUCAACCAACACCUGAACACCUGA